AUGUGGCUUCUUCAUGGACCUUCAGGAACCUUCCGUGAGCCAAAGAGCACCCUGUCCAAGGCCAGAGACCCCUGUGGUAUGGAGACCCUUCCCCUCAACGGCAACUUCAACAACAGCUACUCCCUGCGCAGUGUGGGUCCUGUGGGCGGGCCCGGAGGCAGCUGUGACUUCCUGGGCGGCAGCGUGGGCGGAGCCGACAGCCCCCCUCCCCUGCUCAACCCCCGGGGCUCGGAGACGCUGGGCGGGGGCGGGAUACGACGCAACCUGUCAGACGCCGCGGCUUUCGAGAAGAUGAUCAUCUCCGAGCUGGUGCACAACAAUCUGCGAGGAGGCGGGGCCGGGGGCGGCGGCGGCGGAGACCGGGGGUGUGGCAGCCUGGCGAGGGGGCGUCCCCACGGCGGCGUGGGACGGGGCAAUGGCGGAGCCGGGCCCGAGCCUUCGCUGACCAUGGACGAAGACCAGGACUUCCUGUCCAGAGAGGGGCGCCAGCGCACGCCGCAGGACAUGGAGCUGCUGUACAAGGCCUUGGAGGAGCCCCUGCUACUACAGCGCGCGCAGUCCGUCCUCUACCAGAGCGACCCGGAGGAGUCCGAGAGCUACACGGCCGACCUCACCGAGAGCCUUGGCCACAGCGGCCACAGCGCCGGGGGGCAGGGGGACGGAGGGCCACCCGACUCCCCGGCCCGGGACUCCCUGUACACGAGCAUCACCAACCUGCGAGACUCGCCCUACCCUGACAGCAGCCCGGAGCCCCUGGAGGUGGUGCCGCGCUCCGCACAGCCCCCAGAGGAGCUCUACUACAGCUCUGGCAGGCCCGCCCUGGGCUCCAGAGGGGCCCCCAUGCAGACCUUCUACCAGGCCCCGCCCAGGAGACCCAGCGGGGACGGUCAGCCGGGCCAGGAGCCCCCCCACACCGAGGGAGAUGGACAAAUGCAGCUGGUCACCAGCCUGUGACUGGAACCAGGAGGGUGGGGACAGAGGCAGGGCAGAAGAUGACGCAAUUAGGAUGACGGCCGUGGCAGCCUCCCACUCGCUCCUCUCCACUUCCUGCUUGUUCGGUUGCCUUUCUUUCUCUUUCUUUGUAUUUAUCGGGACAGAUGAGCGGACAGAGUCUACGUUCGGGGGGAGUUCGAGCCGUCUCCACGGCAACGGUCUCAUCCUUGACCCUAAACGCACCUCUCGGAGAAGAACGAUGCCUGGGUGUUUUUCUCCAAAACCCGCUCCCCCCCCCCCCCCAGUCUUUCUCCAUCCCUCCAUUCCUUGGUGUGUUGACGCCAGUCCAGCACUCUGAAUGUAACCACCCCUGUAUUAGACAUACAGUACACAUGUUCCUAUGCUUUCUAGCAUUGAAAUACUUUAUAUUUUCAUUUCUCAGAGUUCCUUCAGGCAUUCGUCUGGGGAAAUUGUUUUCAAUUUCUAUUUCCUGUCUUUCUCACUCAUCUUCCAUCCCUCCAAUAGUUUGGCCUUCCUUUGAUCAGAGUAGUUAGUUAUGGAGACAGAGAAUAUAGUGCGGCAUUAUACUAUAGAAAAAAAAUCUCUCUGAAAGCUCUUCAGUGCGUUGCCAAAAAUAACUCUCUUUUUUUUGUUUGCCAGAACAGAAACUGGAUCAUUCUCACGCACGCACACACACACACACGUACACACUUUCACUCACAGAAGUGCUUGUAUCUGAACAUCAGAAAGUGAACACAAAACUCCAUCCAAGUAUAAAAAGGAGCAGGAACAACAGUUGAGAGUCGACCAGGCGGUGGGAGCCACGGGAGUUCCAGUGGCUGCCUGAGAGCAGUUGCCUUUCUAUCCUGCUGUGAACCCAUGACUAUGUACAGAACCGAAGGAGAGACUGAGUGGAGAGAUUGCUUCUCUGCUUGCACCUCCAUUAGAGGCUCCUGUCAGCCUAUUGGGGGUGAAGGGAGGACUGAGCAAAGAGGUGUGAGCCCAAGGAACGGCACGACAACUCCGACCGACGGAGCGGGACUUCUUUCUUUUCUACGUUCUUUUUCUCCAGACACUUGAAAAGGGAAAGACUGCCUCGCUGACUCUAGAAGAGAGCCACCGCCUUUAGUGACUGUUGUGUUUGCAUAUUGUUCGGAGGUUUAGAAUGAACUAGCUGGAUGCCCCCCCCUCCCCGUACUGCUACAUGCCCUCUGCUGGACGUGAACGCCUGAGUCUCCUGUGAGCGGCUGUGACAAACAGACUCUAAACGUCACAACUGCUCCAGCUGCUCCUUAAGUCUAACUCUGUACAUAGGACCCACACAAAAAUGAAAGUACCUACUCUACUUCUAGUGUGUAAAUAGAGAACCAGAUGAACAAAAGCAACAAAAAAGUAACAAAUACUAUGAAAACUGACUUCUUGUACUGCAACAAAAUGACAAAAGAAAAAAAUAAACAUGUUUUGGAGUUUGUGACCUGAAUGAUACACUCUAUCUCUCUCCCCGUUUUUUCUUUUCUUUUCUUUCACACCCUCUCACUCUUCUGUGCCCUAAUGCUGUGCCAUUCAGUAAAAAAAACAGACAAAUAGACUUUUCAGAAAAACCAGAAUGAAAAAGGGAGAGAGAGAAAGAAAGAGAAAGAUGGGUGGUGGAUGUUGAAUACAAAUGAAAAAGAUGGAGGGAAAAAAAAAAAGAACCUGGCACAAUUUUUAUAUAAUAUAAUACAUUACAUGUUGUUACUGUUUGACCUUUGACAUUCCCGGACAUGAAGUGCUCAGUGGGGGAAGGGGGGGCUAGAUGUCAUCAAAUGUCAGACUGUGCCACAUGGUCACAGCCAUGCAUGGGGGUUGAAGGACACCAGACAUAAAGUAAUAUUGGUUUGAUGUAUUGUUUGGAAAAUAUCAUAGAUAUAACUAGAUUACAUCCUUUUAAUAUGAUGGGCUUUAGCAUGUACAAUAGACCUUCUUUCUAUCAAAAAGUCUUGCAUUUUGCUGUUUCUAAGCGAUAGUUUCAGCAUUAUUUCAGAGCCUAGUGACAAUUCAUACCCUGUAUGUGGGAGUACGUGUGUGAGUGCGCGCGGCGCGUGUGAAUCCCCGAUUGUUUGUGUUCUUGUGAACGUGCAGUACGUGAGUGAGUUGUGUGUGUGUGUGUACGUCCAGCUGUUUUGUCGGUUGAAUCGAAGGUAGAUCUGAUAAAGGGGUAGUAAAUGUAUAUCUAUGAGAAAGCCUUCGUUAUCUGUCAUUUCGGAGACAUGGCAGCAACUACGACUGCCGUUUCCGUGGUGUUCAGAGGCAAUGCGAUUGACGGACACACUGUGGCGGACAUGUGAAUGCAGAACAAAGAGAGUAGCCUCCCGUCAGCGUGACAGGAGCAGAGGCGUGUUACAGUACAAUGUGCCACCAUAUGCAAGCGCUGGAGAUUAGCUGUCAGCUAAGAAGUGUCCACGAGGAUCCAUUCCCAACGUCUGUCCCGAAAGCUGAGAGUUUGCCUUCACUCUUAUUAUUUAUAUAUCUUUCUGGGUGAUUUAUUUAUCCCUGUUUAUUUAUCAAUGUGGAAUGUUUAUUUUGUAUAUUCAUUUAUUCAUCGUUGAUUUAUUUUUCCACAAGCACCUCCCAGUAGGUAGUGUUGCGGAGCUGAGAGGAGGGGAGGAAGCAGGAAGUAAAUCAUGUUAAUGCUGCUUGAUUGAUUUUCCAACAUCCACCUCAGUGUGACAUUCUGCUGGGUUGGAUGUGUGUGUGUGUCCUACUUCCUCUGUGCGAAGAAAGGAUAGCCUGCUGUAAAUGUGUGGCUCAUGGGAUGAG